AUGUCAUCUUCGGCGAAUCCCAACAAGCGCUCCGCCGAUGCUCAAGAAAAAGCCUGGGUCGCAGACGAGGACCGCUUUGUGCUCCAACAAGCUAAGAAGAAAUCCCUCAUACGGAUCAAGGGUGGCAGAGCACAGCCCGUAGACUGGUUGACAGCGAUCCUCGUUGUCAUCGAUCCUGCCCACAAUGAGCUCGAUGAUGAAGUUGAGAUUGAGGAUGCGGAGAUCCGCGACCCAGAAGCCUUGUUCAAAGGAAUGGAUGCCGAUCAGCUAGCAGAGCUUGCCACCGGAAUUGAAAACUUCAUUACAUUGGAGAAGAGCCGAAGUAACCGUGACUAUUGGACUUUGAUGAAAACUAUCUGCGAAGAUCAUCAAUCACAGACGUCAAAUCCGACAGCAUCAGACAAAUCCUUCAAGCCGGUUGCUGCUGGUGUACAUAAAGUCAUGGAGUCCAAGACUCUCGACGAGCUUGAGAAGCUAGAGAAGCAGAUUAACACGAAACUAUCAUCCAACGAGGCUAUUGAUACGGACUACUGGGAGCACACUCUGAGCACCUUGCUCACAUACAAAGCACGAGCACGCCUGCGGAAAGUCUCUCAGGCAGUCGCUGAGUCCCGAACGCAGCCGAAAAGGUCCGAGAAAGCCGAAGCAAAGAUUGGUGCCAGCUCCAUAGAGAACGAAACGCGAUCGGAACCACCCGCCAAGCGCGCACGCACUGAUUUAGGCGAGACCUUUCAGCCUGUGAUGAGUCAAUAUGACCGAGAAGUCGCGCGCGGAUUGGGAGAGAACGAAGAAUUGUUUAUGCAAGAGGAAGAAGUCACGACCAAGAACCUCGCAAAAUGGUCUGGCCAGCAUCGACCACGCAAACCGAAGUAUUUCAAUCGCGUGCAGCUUGGGUAUGAAUGGAACAAGUACAAUCAGACACAUUACGACCAUGACAAUCCGCCACCCAAAGUUGUGCAGGGAUAUAAAUUCAACAUCUUCUACCCGGAGCUAUUGAACCCGACCGCAACACCAACAUAUCGUCUUGAGCGCAGUGAUGGGAGGAGACGAGGCGAAACGACGACACCUGCAGGCGAAAAUGAUACUUGCUUAAUUCGAUUUGUCGCCGGUCCGCCAUAUGAAGACAUCGCAUUUCGGAUUGUCGAUAAGGACUGGGACCACAGUGCAAAACGUGAACGUGGUUUCAGAAGCACGUUUGACAGGGGUAUUCUCCAACUCCAUUUCCAAUUCAAGAAGAUCUUUUAUCGGAAGUGA